CCCGGUUUAUCUCGCGCAGUCUGCUAUCAGCGCUCGCAGACUCCAAUGGAAAAACGGAGAGGCGCGUGUUUCACAGCCCUGCCUGAACGCAAAACGUGGAGAGAAAAAGUGGAAAAGUUGGCACUCUUUCCGAUCAAAUUGUACCUCACCGAGACUUCAUCUGUUCUCAAGAGGAGGUGAAAAAAGAAAAGAAAGCGCUCUCUGAACCUGCCGUCUGGCUUGGAUUAUUUCUGCUGCGGUUGCCAGAUUUCGGGGAAUACUUUUAUAUGGCACACGCUAAUAUCCGGGCAGAUACAUGAUAUCGGUCCGUGCAUCGUCCGCACGGAGCUCACAUCAGCAAUCCCAACUCCAGCAGGUCCCCGCAGACCUAAACCGUCUUUACACCGGUUUCCUACAAUACAGAAUCGCGUUUUCUCAUCACCGCUGGAGGACACGCUCAACUAUGUUUGGCUGCGGUAAAGUUCUUGGGUCGCCCCGGAUUCUCAACAGAUCUACCGCUGCUCCCGGAGGCUCAGGAUUAAGACAUAUAAUCAAAAACAGCGCAGGCUCAUCCUACGGUCCCCGUGCGUCCUCGCGGUUGUGUUGCGCGCUCCUGUUCCUCCUUCUCAUCCUCACACCGCGCGUGGACUCGUCCUGGUGGUACAUCGGAGCGCUUGGUGCCCGUGUGAUUUGUGACAAUAUUCCGGGGCUGGUGAAUAAACAGAGGCAGUUGUGUCAGAAGUAUCCAGACAUCAUGCAGUCGAUAGGGGGCGGGGCUAAAGAGUGGAUUCGAGAGUGCCAGCAUCAAUUCCGUCAUCAUCGCUGGAACUGCAGCGCCCUGGACAGAGACCAUACCGUUUUUGGGAGAGUCAUACAGCGCAGUAGUCGUGAGGCGGCGUUCGUAUAUGCAAUCUCAUCGGCAGGAGUGGUUUUCGCCAUUACACGUGCAUGCAGUCAGGGAGAGCUAAAGACGUGCAACUGUGACCCCCACAAGCGCGGCCGAGCCAGUGACGAUCGGGGAGAGUUUGACUGGGGUGGCUGCAGUGAUAAUAUCAACUAUGGGAUAAAGUUCGCCAAAGCAUUCGUAGAUGCAAAAGAACGAACUGUGAAAGACGCACGAGCACUCAUGAAUCUUCAUAACAACCGCUGUGGAAGAAUGGCUGUAAAGCGCUUUAUGAAGCUGGAGUGUAAAUGUCAUGGAGUCAGUGGGUCGUGCACUCUGAGAACAUGCUGGUUGGCAAUGUCAGAUUUCCGUAAAACAGGAGAUUACCUUCGCAAGAAAUACAACGGAGCCAUCGAGGUCACCAUGAACCAAGAUGGGACAGGAUUCACAGUAGCCAAUAAGGACUUCAGGAAAGCCACAAAAAAUGACCUGGUGUACUUCGAAAACUCACCUGAUUAUUGCGUCAUGGACAAAGCUGCAGGUUCAUUGGGCACUGCUGGUCGUGUCUGUAAUAAGACGUCCCGGGGGACCGACGGCUGCGAGGUCAUGUGUUGUGGGCGGGGCUACGACACCACACGCAUAAAACGCAUCACCAAGUGCGAGUGUAAGUUUAAAUGGUGUUGCGCCGUCGAGUGCAAAGACUGCGAGGAGUCUGUCGACAUUCACACCUGCAAAGCUCCUAAACGUGCAGAAUGGCUGGACCAGACCUGAGACACCCCCACUUCCUCCCGUUCCUCAGGAUUUUGUCCAUGGCAUUCUGGGAUAUGAAGUCCAUCCCUUGCAUUUUUUACCUGCCCCCCCAAAUCCCUCUUAUUUGUUGCAUGGCUUUAUUUGAACUUACUUUGUGAAAGCACUACAACUGAAAUCUACAUUUCUCAUCAUGAGCGCCUUGCACACUUUGCCCAUUAUGGCAGAUUUAUCUCUCUUUCUUUUUCUUUCUUUUUUUGGAAUUGAUCAGAGGACGGUAAAGGUUUUAGAUUCAAGAACAACCUGUGCUGUAACAUGUUGGUGUAUUUUUUGUUUCGUUUUGACGUGAGAAUUUUGUUCUGUGAGUGUUGUUUUGUGACAAAAGGUGUGCUGCUUUUAAAAGAAUAUUUUAAACUGACUCUGAGCCUAUCAGAUAUUAUCAUGGCUAAUAGCUGAAUAUCUACAUCACAUGUUAUUGAAAACACGUCUGUGUGCUUAACAUACAUCACACGUGCCCAUACUGGACAGUAUUUUACCCUGACUAUUGGUACUGAGUAUAAAAGAAUGGAUGAGGCUGGUCAGAGGGGCUCAAGAGGACAAAAUGGAUGACAGCUAUGUGGGCUGCUCACUCCACAUGGAGCCCUAACAGAGAGUUUCUCUGGAAGAUACAGAGGUAAUAUUAAUAAUAUAAAUGAGCAUGCACUAAGGACAUUAGCUAACAGUUGAGCAAAAAUGACAUGUUAUUAUAAAACUCACCAUUGCCUGUGUAAACAUGAAGAAAGGUGUUAACAGCUGUGACUGGUAGAGGUGUAAGCUCUCUUUAGCUCUCCUGUGCUGUGGUACUUGUUAACUGUGUUAUUAUUUUUUCAGCAGAAGUUCAUAUAAAGACAUUAAGUAUGACAUAAAGAGUCAUUUUAUUUUGCUUUUCUUCAGCAUGCUCUCCUGCCAGGUUUUUUUUUUAAAACCUAUUUACCCUUAGCUGUAAAUGUCAUGUGACUAAUUGUUCUGGAACUGAAGGAUAAUGAUGUCAUGACAGCACAUGUUCACUUUAUCCUUUUUUAAAGUUCUCUAAAAAGAAUUGAGCACUGGUAAAAUAUCUACUAUACUAAAAUGAAAUAAAUAUUUAUACAUAUAAAUAUAUUUCUAUCAACUCUCGGAAGAUUUUAGUAAUGGUAAUUGAUAUGACGAUGUUGAUGUAUUUGGUCUUGGCAGAAAAGAUGUGCUACGCUGCUGCUGUUGGUUAUUGCUAUUGUUGUAGCUGCAAAGCAAGUACAGA